AUGCUAGAAGUUCAAGCAGCUGCAAAACGUUUGGAGCAUUUCGCUCAAGGUUAUGAGCAUAACAGAGCCGACAACGUCGCCAGAAACAGAAACUACGAGAAGGGGUCUUACGCUGACGUAGUCGUAGCACAUGCCACUGUGGAAGCAGCCUACGGUGCACCGGUGCCCGCAGCUCCGGUAACAGUAGAACAGCCACCAACGGAGCCAUUCCCACUGGGACAACCAAUACCAGUAGGACCUCCGAUACCUGUGGGAGCACCAGUCAAUACCAUCAACAUAUACGGCACCAGUGCCUCCGCUCCACCACCUACAUAUGUGGCACCACCACCUGCAGCACCGCCAGUGGAUAUAUCAACAUAUGCCGCACCACCUCCAUCAUCGCCUCCGCCAUCACCUUCGUCACCACAUCCAUCUUACGUGGCACCAGCACCGCCUCCACUACCGCCCCCUCCACCUCCGCCAGUGGUUAAUACAAGAAAAAUUCGUCAUCAUCGACCCCACACAGAAGUCCGCAACGUUGCACGACACUAUGCCAAAGAAAAUGGACAUACAUCGGUAACGGCGAUGGUAAUAUCAUCAAAAGAGGAUAUUGAAGAGAUACCCAUAGAGAUAUCAUUGCCACCUCCACCACCGACAGACUACGUUGCCCCUCCACGAACCAUGACCUAUGCUGUCCCACCUUCACUAUCCGUGGCGCCAGCACCAGUUCCCGUUCCAGCUCCUGCUCCAAUUCACGCUCCAGUUUCUGUCGAAGUUCCUACCUCAGCUGCAGCUGUGGCUCCUGCUCCGGCCAUAAUAGCUGCACAAGAGCUCCGUAACUUCUCAGGGUCUUAUCGUAAAGGUGAUCAAGUCACCGACUUUUAG